AUAUUUAGAUGUAAAACACAUUAUUGCACUUUUUUCCAGGAAAAAUUUAUGGGAUAUUGCAAUUGAACAAGUUAAAGAAAGUGAAUAUGAGCGGGAAACAUCUGAAUCUGUUCUCUUACUUGUGGGUAGUAAAAAGGGAGGGAAAACGACAGUAUGCUACAAAUUUUUGGAAAGAACGGAAACUCCUAAAAAUACUUUGGCUUUGGAAUAUUUAUUUGGUCGUAGGAAUAAAGGUAUUGAAACAGGAAAAGAAAUUUGCCAUAUAUGGGAAUUAGGAGGAGGAACACUGUUUACAGAUCUUCUUGAAAUUCCUAUUAGCUCUAAAACUUUAAAAAGCUUAAGUGUUGUGCUUGUUUUGGAUCUUUCAAAGCCUGAAGAAAUGUGGUAUACCAUGGAAACAUUAUUGAAUGCUAUUAAAAAUCGCAUUGACAAUGUUUUAAAUGAAUCAGGUGAUCCAAAUUUAAAGAAAUCAUUGUACCAACUAGCUAGGAAUCGAAUUCCUGAAGGUCACGAAGAUUCAAGUUCUAUUGAUCCAUUUCCUGUGCCACUUCUGAUAGUAGGUUCAAAAUAUGAUAUUUUUCAAAGUGAAGAAUUUGAAAAGAGGAAAAUUUUGUGCAAAUGUUUGCGAUAUGUAGCUCAUUCUAAGAGUGCAUCUGUACAGUUUGUGUCAUCAAAGUCUGAAGCACAGGUUAUUAAAAUUAGAGUUUCUAUUAGCAAUAUGGUAUUUGGAACUCCUUGCAGCAAGACUGCUGUUUUAGAUCACAAUAAACCCUUGUACAUUUCCUGUGGUGCAGAUUCUUUUGAGUCAAUUGGUUCUUUGACCUCUUUGAAUGUGGAAAAUAAAUCUGGACCAAAAUCAUUGAUGGAAGUGAAGAAAAUUUUUACAUCUUAUUUUCUACAAGUUGUAAGUACAUUUUAUAAUAAUAUUUUGGAAUGA